UUAUAAUUUCAGAUAUUCAGUUCCUUCUUAAUAAAAAAUAUAAUUCGAUGAUAUAAUCGUUCAUCGAAAUACUGAAAAAGAUGCAUGUAAUAUUAUCUAACUUAUUCUGAAUGAACUUGCAAUCAACAGUUGUUUUUUAAAAAAAUAUAUUAUUACACUAAAUAAGAGUGAUUACAGAAUAUGAAGUCUACAGCACAAGAUAAACAUCGCUUACAUAAUCAAACAUAACAAGUGGAUUUUGAAAUUCAUCAACAUUUGGCUAACAAUUCUGAAGGAUAUCACAAAAUUUCUACUGAAAAUCGUUAUUGACUUUCUAUUCGACUACAUUGAUGAAGUAUUGGAGCGCUAAAAUUAGAACGUGAGAAAGGAUUUUAAGGAAAGAAAUCCAUGUAGAUUUUUUAACAAUAUCGAAGAAAUUUUACAAAAGAUAGAUAUGUUUUAUAGAAAUCAUGAAUGGCACGUUAAUAUGCUCGAACAUUAUUUUUUAAUGAAGCACGCAUGCGAUAUUAUGAGCGCAAGCUCAACAACAACCAUCACCAGACUAUUACAAACAGUCGCUUUCCAACUGUCUAACAAUAUGCACGUCUCUGUUCGAGAUCCAAUCAAUGAACUGCGAAAUCCUAAUUAUGAGAAAGAUAUAGCUUAUGUGACAAAGCAUAACAAAUGGGUUCUUACUUCUAUUGGCAUUUGGCCAACAGUGUUAAAAAAUAUCGGUAAAAUUUUACCAAAAAUCGUGAUUGGAUUCAAUAAUUUACUGUGUUUUUUCACACUGACUCAAAGUGCAUUACACAUUAUAUUGGAGCAAAAGGAUACAUUACUAAGAUUGAAAUUUCUCGGUUUAAUUUUCUUCUCUUUCAUGUCAAUGAUGAAAUACUGGGCUUUAAUGAUACGCAAACCGGAAAUUGAACACUGUAUCGAACAAGUGCAAUUGGAUUGGAAACAGGUAGAGAUAGAAAAUGAUCGCGAAUUAAUGUUAAAAUAUGGAAUAAUCGGCCGAAAUUUGACCAUCUAUAGUAUUUUGUUCAUGUACCUUAGUGGUAUUAUAUAUGUUUCUAUUAUGCAAUAUGCGAUGGGAUCACAGAUUAAUGAACAUAAUCAAACGAUUAAAAUGUUGAUUUAUCCUGCAUACGGCGGUUAUAAUAUUCAAAAAAGUCCCACUUAUGAAAUUAUAUAUGGUGUUCAAUGUAUAUGCGAAUAUGUCUUCGAUACUAUAGCAUCUGGUGCUUGCGGUUUGGCCGCUCUUUUCGUAACCCAUGCAUGUGGACAAAUUGAUGUCAUUAUGUCUCGAUUGGAUAACAUAGUUGCUGGACAAUACAAAAAAAAUUCAAAUGCGAAUAUACGACUGAUGGAAAUUAUUAAACAUCAUACAAGAAUUUUAAAAUUUUCAGCUGUGGUUGAAACAGUUCUGCAAGAAGUGUUCUUUUUGGAAUUUGUUAGUUCCACUUUUGUAAUAUGUUUACUUGAAUAUUAUUGCAUUACGGUACGUUUCUUUUCUAUGAGUUUUCAUAUUUUUUACAUGAUAUUUUUACGUUUACACCAGGAUUGGGAACAAAAAAAUAUAAUUAGUCUGACAUCAUAUAUAUUACUACUAAUAUCAAUGACAUUUAAUAUGUUUUUAUUAUGCUAUAUUGGUGAUCUCCUAAUAGAAAAGAGUGGUAAUGUCGGAGUAGCCGUGUUCAUGAUUGACUGGUAUCACUUACCAACGAAAACGAUUCAAAAUCUUAUUUUGAUCAUGGCCAUGUCGAAUACUCCGGCGAAACUUAGUGUCGGUAGGAUACUUGAUUUAUCCUUAUCUACUUUUGGAAAUGUUUUAAAAACGACAUUCGUAUAUUUAAACUUUCUUCAGACUGCUGUUAUGUAAUAAUUAUAAAUGUUUUAUUAUUUUCAAUCAUAAGUAUUGAAUAGUAAAUAAAGAAAUAUGCUAUAACAAUUUUUGCUUAAAUUUUUAUAAAAUAUAAUUAUAUACAGGAUAUUUCAAGUCAAAUAGUAUGAGUUCUUUAUGAAAAGUAAAUCGAAAAUAAAAUACAGAGUAAUGAGUUUUUAUUUGAGAUUUUAUUUUCAAGAAAAUGAAUUUUGAAAAUUCUGCUAAAGAUCAUAGCAAAUAGAAACAAUUGAAAGAAAAAAUCAUACAUUUAUUUGAUCAAAUGUGAACAGAAAAUUUAUUUAGUAUUUAUUCUGGUGCAUGCUUUUGUGAUUCGAAUAAUGUUUAGAACAAACUGGACGCUAUUUUUAAUAAUUUCUUUAAGUAAUAUAAGUUAUAUACUAACGCAUACUGCAAUCGAAUAUAUCAAAAGUAUAGAAAUGCAUUUUUAAAGAAUUUUCAAAAUUUAAUUUUUCAAAAACGAAGCCUCAAAUGAAAAAUUAUUAUUUUAUAUUUUCCACUAAUUGACUCGAAAGAUGAAAUAUAUAUCUAUAUAAAAAUAUUAAGAUAAACAUAAAAUAUUUGUCUACUUACAAUGAUAAAACCAAACUGCGCAUGUAUUUUGCCUUAACCAAUAGAUUCUAAAAGCCAACCCCAAAGGGGUUGGUUGUAUCUGCGUGGAAUAAUGCCUGGGUGUAACCUAUCGAGAAAUAAAUUAAAGCAAACUUUUAUAAAUAUUUUUUAUGUUUGA